AAACGAAGUCUCUGGUCUGAAUUAUUGAAGUACGCUACGAUCUCCAUGAUUCGCAAGAUGCCGGUCGUUCAUCAUAAAUUGCUUUUGGAAGAAGCCUUACAGGACAGUCCACAGACUCGUUCCCUUCUGAGUGUGUUUGAGGAGGAUGCAGGCACCCUCACAGACUACACAAACCAGCUGCUCCAGACCAUGCAGAGAGUAUUUGGGGCCCAGAGUGAGAUGGGCUUGGCAACCGAGCAGCUCUCCAAGCAGCUUCUGGAGUAUGAGAAGCAGAAUUUCGCUCUUGGAAAAGGGGAUGAGGAAGUGAUCACCACACUGCAGCACUUUGCCAAAACAGUGGAGGAGCUGAAUACCCUGCACGCUGAGGUGGCCACCCUGAUUGCUGACCGCAUGGUGUUCCCUAUGAUCCAGUUCAGGGAGAAGGACUUAACAGAAAUCAGCACGCUGAAGGAGAUCUUUGGCAUUGCGAGCGACGAGCACGAGGCCGCCAUGGUCAAGUACAGCCGACUGCCCAAGAAGCGCGAGAAUGAAAAGAUGAAAGCGGAGGUGGUGAGCGAAGUGGCCUUUGCCAGGAGGAAGCAGCACCAGGCGUCCAUGCAGUACUACUGCGCCCUCAACGCACUCCAGUACCGCAAGAGGGUGGCCAUGCUCGAACCCAUGCUGGGCUACACCCACGCACAGAUAAACUUCUUCAAGAAAGGCAUGGACCUGGUGUCAAAGAAGAUGGACAGCUUCUUGUCUUCAGUCUCCAGUAUGACACAAAGCAUUCAGGCACAAUUGGAUUCUGAAGCGGAGAACAUGCGUUUGACCCAAAGAGAGCUAUUGUCUGUGGAGGACACAGUCUACAUGCCCGACCGAGACCAGGACCCCGUCAACCGCACACUCAUCCAGAAGGCAGGCUACCUCAACAUCCGGAAUAAAGUAGGCCUAGUCACCACAGCCUGGGACCGGCUGUACUUCUUCACCCAGGGAGGGAACCUCAUGUGCCAGCCGCGAGGUGCCGUGGCCGGGGGCAUGAUCAUGGACCUGGACAACAGCUCCGUCAUGGCCGUGGAGUGUGAGGACAGGCGCUUCUGUUUCCAGAUCACCUCGCCCUCUGGGAAAACGUCGAGUCGGAGCAAUUGGAACUGGGUUUUUCUUAACCAAUUCAAACCAGAAAAAAGGGAUUUCACUGAGACAUCAUUUUGGAAUAUUUUUGAAAAUGGAUCCCUGUCCAUAAUUCUACAAGCGGAGAGUAAAAAAGAAUACGAGGAGUGGAUUUGUACCGUGAACAACAUCUCCAGACAAAUAUAUCUGACUGACAACCCAGAGGCCGUGGCCAUCCGGCUCAAUCAGACCGCCAUCCAGGCUGUCACGCCCAUCACCAGCUUCGAGAAGAGACAGGAGGGAUCGCCCAACCCCGACAGGGCGAAGCCUGGUGGGUUGGUGGGCCCUGGCGCUGCAUCCCAGAAGCCUGCCGCAUCUCUGGAGCCUGAAGACCUGAUCGCUCCUGGAACCCCGAUACAGUUUGACAUCAUGCUCCCUGCAUCCGAGUUUCAGGACCAGAACCGAGCAGGCGGAAGACGAACCAACCCCUUCGGCGAAACAGAGGAGGACUCCACGUCCGACAGUGACGACUCGCUGCUGCAGCAGGUGUUUGCAGUGCGCUUCCUGGGCUCCAUGGCGGUGCGUUCGGGCCAGGCGCGGGAGGUCAUCUACGAGGCCAUGCGGCAGGUGCUGGCGGCCCGCGCCAUACACAACAUCUUCAAGACCACCGAGUCUCACCUCAUGGUCAGCAGCCACUCUCUCAGGCUGAUCGACCCACAGACCCAGGUCACCAGGAUCAGUUUUCAGCUGGGGGACGUGACCCAGUUUGCGGCCCACCAGGAGAACGGCAGGCUCAUGGGCUUUGUGGUGGAGGGCCGAGACUGGAGCAGGGGGGACGAGGAGGGCACCCCCUCCUUCAGUGCCUUCGUGUUCGAGAGCAACACAGAGGGAGAAAAAAUAUGCUACACUAUAAACUUGGCGAAGGAGAUCGUAGAAGCAAAGAAGGACCCUGAAGCUCUGGCCCAACUGAUGAAGUCCAUGCCGCUGACCAACGAUGGCAAGUUCCUCCUCCUGGACAGCGAGAGCGGUGACACCUCCAACGGGGGAGCGGAGGAGGACCUGGAGUCCGAGGCCUGAGUCUGGGCCUCUUGUGAUCUAAUACCCUGUCUCUCCUCUCCUCUCUUCUGCUCUCUCCUUCUCCCCAGAGGCCACACUACGGCACGGGCACGGGAGGGCGAGGUGUUGCCACUUAAUCCCAACUCCUCCUCCUCCUGCUUGUGGAUGUCAAAGGUCACAGAGCUCAUUAUCUCACCCCCCCCCACCCCCUUUUUAUACUGUGCUUUACGCAGCACCACCUGUUUGCUAACAAACUUCGCUCAAACGACUAAGUUUCUCAUACGAAGGGACAAGUUGUACUUUUCCCUGGGUUUUGUUUUUACAUUUACUUUGACUGGGCUCUGUCUUUGAUGAUGACAUGCAGUACUUUGCUGCAUCGGGGCAUGAAGGAACCCUCAUUCCAAUAAGGUGAUAGGUUUACAUUGGGCACAUGCUCUUGUAUGAGGUUAGCGAGUGUUAACUUGAUGGCCAUUGCAGUAUUUUGACAGGGCCUACUGUAAAUGGAGGGAUGUGGUGGCUGGCUCUUUGGCUCACUCACACGCUUUUCCCCCUCUCUCUGUAGAUUAUGUAAACUCAUACAUGUAUCAUUCCUGCAGCGAGAAUUGCACUCUCCAACCCCCAAGAAGUUCUGCUGCACCACAAUGUUGGGUGACAGCAGCAUGCACUAAUUCCAGAUGUUGUAUUCCAGAUAAUAGACUGUAGUGACAUGAAGAAGAGAUCAUUUCAAUGCCGUUUGAAGAUUUAAUUUCUCAAAAAAUAUGUUUUUCAAAGCAAAUGUUCCAUGCUAGAACAUAUGUAUGCUUGUCUGUGUGUAUGGUGUGGUGUGUAUGAGGGCGUUUCCGACUUUUUUUGUUCGUUUUGUGGUGUAUGGAGUGCAGGGUUCUAUUACAUUGUGUUUAUGUGCUACACUAACUCAGCUCAAACCUUAAAUAGGUCUUGACAUCUGUAUAAAAUAAAUACGUUGGUGAAAUGUAAAUAUUGUGGGCUGUUGAAAAGUUGGCAUGAUUGUGACAGGACCAAAAGUGAGCCUACAGUUAAUCUUGGAGUGUCUGUGUUUUUUCUUUGAAAUUCCAAGGUUGGGUCAACUUAAGUUUAGAGAGUGUCAUCUAACUGUGCUAGCCUGAUAGAUACAAUGCCACAGUAUCAGGAUACUGAAAAGCAACCCCAUUCAAUUCCUCAAGGCUGCCUUUACCAGCGAGCGAGCACACUCCUCUGAAGCGCCUGUAGGUAAUCAAGCGUCCUUGGAAGGGCUCAGAGACAGAUCUUAUGUAAUAGGGUUUACAAAACACACUAUUUCUAAAGUGACAAAUGGUCUGUGUACGAGCUCAAGUAUUUCUUGAGGAGGCUGUCUUGAGACCAUGUUGACAAAUAUGUCCUAGAUAUAAGGUGUAAUCAGACAGCUCAGAUCAACACAGCAUGACCACCACAUUCAACUUUUCAAGCUGAACUACUUUUUUCGUUGCCAAAUAGGCGCAAGGCCUUCCUUUUCCUUUUGAAGUGGGUGUUCUGUGUAAUCGUGCACACCCCCACAAAAGGCUUCAUGGAUAAUGUAUUUUUAAAAGGAGAGAAAAAAAACCUACACAGAGCUGUAGGGGAAAACGGAACAAAAGGCAAAUGUGGCGGCAGUGUAGCAUAAAAGAAAAGUAAUUUACUUUACUGGCCACCUGCUCAUUUUCCCUCGAGGGUCUUCCCACUUUCCUUUUCACUGAUCCAGCCUGCUGGCUAGCAGGCCGGUUGUGUACACUACACACACAAACAGGAACAGGUGACAAGCCAGUAUGUUGUUUACACCUCAAACUGAUAAGCAGCCACCACCUUAGAGUUGCUGGAAGCCUAUGCGACACGCCACACCGCACCGCACCGCACCGCACCGCUUCUCUUCUCCCACCAAUAAUAAUGGAAAAAAACAACUUAUCACAGGCCCCCUUCCGUCUGCCUCUUCAGAGAGUUCCAAAAACAGCGUGGUCUUUUCUGUCAUGUCUGCUAUGUUUAUAAGCAUGCUCUAUUAGGAGAAACAGGCUGGAAAUAAGAGAGAAAGGGAGGAAUACGAAGAAUCUCCGAGUGCCUAUUUGCAGCUGUGUGCCCUGAAGAAAUGUUGUAACAGGAUCUUUUUUGCAAGGCUUUAUGCGUGGGUUCUGGUUUGAGUGGCUAAAAAAACCCAGCAGAAAAAACCCACAACAGAAUAUUCAAUACAUGCAAUCAUUAACAGGUUUCUCUUAAAUAAAUGUCAGUAAUAUUUUGUAACACCUCAAAGUUUGGGUGUUUUCUUUCUUUCUUUCUUAGCCAUGAU